AUGAAGUUCUCCACAGCUUUCGCCCUCAUCUCCGCCCUGGCUACUACUGCCUCGGCGAUGCCCACCUCCUACCCCAUCUUCAACCGUGCCAUCUCUGCGCGCGCUGAUGCGCCUACCACCACCCAAGUGCUGCAGUACGCCUUGACUCUUGAGAACCUCGAGAAGUCCUUCUACGCGGACGCCCUUGCCCAGUUUGACGCCAGCGCGUUUGAGGCUGCCGGGUACCCGGACUGGGUUCGCGGGCGAUUGAGCCAGAUUGCCAGCCACGAGUCAGACCAUGUGUCCCUCCUCAGCACUGCUCUCGGAAAUGACUCUGUCGAGGCUUGCACCUACAACUUCCCCUACACCGAUGUCAAGUCCUUCAUCGCCCUUGCCGUCGCUUUGGAGAACGUCGGUGUCUCCGCCUACGCUGGCGCCGCCCAGUACAUCACGGACCCUUCGUACUUGACCAUUGCCGCUACCAUCCUCUCCACCGAGGCGCGCCACCAGGCCUGGGAGGCCUCCGCUGUCUCUAAGGGUAACCCCUGGGGCUCGGCGUACGACACCCCCCUCGGCCUUAACCUGGUCUAUACCCUUGCCUCCGCGUUCAUCACCUCGUGCCCUGACACGAACGCCGCGCUCCCUGUUAAGGCCUACCCGACUUUGACGGUUGCGGCGGACGCCAAGGCCGGCGAGUCGGUGCAGUUCACGUUUGACGACGCGCACAACGGUACGAACUACGCUGUCUUCUACUCGGGGAUCGGGGUCGCAAGCGUCGCGCUCGACGAGAACGACUCUGCGACGGUGCCUGAGGGCUUGCAAGGGGUGUCAUAUGUUCUCGUGUCGUCGGCGGCUGACGCCAAGUCGGUGUCGGAGGACAACAUUGUGGCUGGCCCGGCCAUUCUUUCGUUCCCCUUCACUUCCAAAGUUGAGAACCUUCCUUUCUCUGGUUAG